AUGUCUCUAACUGAUUUGAGGAAUUGGGUACAAGAAACGGGAAAGGAGUAUGGUUACGUAAUUGUUACCCGCCGAUCAAAAAAUAUUGGCGGUACUACUGGGAUGGUACGGCUUGUGUGCGACCGUAGUGGUGAGCACCGUAGUAAAGCAACAGUUAGGAAAGCUGGUAGCAAAGAAAUCGGUUGCCCAUUUUCAUUACUCGCCAUCCGGGACGUGACGAAUGACACGUGGGAGUUAAAAGUGGAAAACGCGAACCAUAACCACGAACCUGCGACGAGUCUGUUGGGCCACGCUUUUGUGCGAAGAUUUACUAAAGCCAAAUACAAGCUAGUGGAGCAGCUAACUGCUCAAAACAUGGAGCCACGUAUAAUAUUUCAAACCCUAAGAAAGCAGUUCCCCGACAGCCUGCAUGUUCAGAAAGACGUGCAAAAUGCGGUACAAAAAAUUAGAGCGACAAUAAUGGACGGAAAGACUCCUAUGCAGGUACUGGAAAGCUUGCUGCAUGACCACCAAUUCAUUUACGACACCCGACAGGAACCCAAAACAGAUGUCGUAACAGAGAUUUUCUUUGUUCAUCCUUAUUCAAUCACUAUGUGGCGUGCAUUCCCGCACGUGAUGUUGAUCGACGCGACCUACAAAACAAACCUCUACAACAUGCCAUUUGUCCAGGUUGUGGGUAUGACGUCGACCAACAAGUCUUUUUGUAUCGCACAUGCCGUUAUUUGUAAAGAACGAAGGGGUAACUACGUGUGGGUGCUUGAGCGGAUCAAGUCAAUAUUGCAUGAAUCUAGACAGUGCAAGAAAGGGUUCAAUAAAGAAGAUUGGGGGAAAUUUAUGUCGUACUGGCGGAGAUUGUGCGAAUCUUCUUCAGAGCCCAUGUACAAGUACAACUUGGAGAAAAUUUAUAACCGACUCGUGGUUGCCAACCGAGAAAGUGUCUAUGAUUACGUCUACGAAAAAUGGCUCAAAGACUAUAAAGAAAUGUUCGUUUAUGCGUGGACCGAUAAGUGUCGCAACUUUGGUCAGCGCACCACCAACAGAGUUGAGAGCCAGCACGCAAAUUUAAAAAGAUACGUUACGCGCGGGAGUUCAUUGGAGCGAAUAGCAAGAUGCGUCAUUGAUAUAGUUGAAACUCAGUACGAUGAAAUACAAAAAACACUUGAUUUGCUGGCAAAAGAGCUACUGAGGAAGCUGGAGGUGUUGCGGAAACUUAACGCAUCAUGUGGUUGUCAUAUGUGGCUUAGCUGUGGAUUGCCGUUUGCUUGUAGGCUGGAAAACUACAAACGUACAGGGCGUAUGAUACAACUCGACGACAUAGAUGUAUUCUGGCGUAAGCUUGACUUGCGCCCGUGUAAACUGGUAGACGAGGAAGUCGAUGUUGUAGCAGAGCUCAAUAAUGUGCGACAACAUUUAGAGGCGCAGUCCCCCGUUCAGCAAAAGAGUUUGCUUUCAAAGAUAAAAGCGGUCUUCACCCCGAAAUCAUCAACCAAGAAACCACCGAUCGUCCAGCAAAACACUCACGGUCGGCCUAUAUAA